AUGCCUCCCUUCAAGGAUGAGCAAAUAAUUAUCAUUGCCCCGGGCUCUGAGACCACCGUCGCACAGCUUGGCCUGCCCGAGUCCUUCACCCCCGCGAAAACGCGCGUGCGGUCGCGCAUGUUCCCGGCGGAGAAAGAAGGAGAAUGGGAACCAUACAAAGUGCGCCGAAAACAAUCUGCGGAAAAGCCAACUGGAGAUCAGAAUGGCGCCGCCGAUGGUGAGGAGUCAAAGAACGUCAGCAGCGAGCAAGAAGAGAUCAUAUACGAAGAGGAUCGCAUCUCAGAGGAGGGUGCAGUAUGGCCCAUACGCGAAGGGAGAAUUGUGAACUGGUCGUGCUUCUUUGCGCUCAUAACCCACGUCUACAAUACCAUGAACCCACCGUUCCACACCCCAAUCCUUCUAAUCACCCAGCCCGCCUGGACGCCGCGCGAACAUGAAAAACUCACGCAGUUCUUCUUCGAGAAGUUCAAGACUCCUGCAUUCAGCCUUAUGGAUUCCGCCCUUGCGACCAGUUGGGCAUUCGGAGUACACACCGCAACAGUUGUCGAUGUUGGAAAGGACAAAGUGGACAUUACAGCAAUUAGCGAGUUUGUUCCCCACGUUCAGGGCCGGGUCAUCUCACUUCCAGGAUGUGGUGGAGAAGCUCUCACACAGGGCUUGCUGUCUUUGCUCAAAGCAAAGGGCUUCAAUCGAGACAUGUUGCCUAACUCCAAGAAGCAGAAGGCCACUUUCAUAUAUGAAGAUCAUGCUUUGCUUGAUAACCUUAAGAACAUGAAUCUGGGCGAGAAAGGGCUCGCAGAGGCACACGCUGCCUUGGACGAAGGCCCUUCCAAAAAGGCUCAAGAUGGCACCGAAGAGGAAGUUCGAGAAGGAGGCGAAGGUAGUGGAGCCCCAGGGGCCAAAUCCGGAGGAAUAAGACGUGAAAUAGAAGUUGGCGUCGAGCGAUUUCAAGCAGCAAGCAAUGGUACACUGGAGAAGAUUGCGGACGCAGUUCAUCGAUGCGUCUCCUCUGUAGACGAGGUAAACAAGCGCAGCGAAUUGUGGGAUUCGUUGAUUGUGUGUGGUAACGGUUCCAGACUCCGCGGUUUCAAAGAUGCGCUUCAAGCAACACUACAGGCGAAAUAUGUUAUCUCGCCUUCAUCUGCCACAAUCUUCACCUCCGAAAUCCCAUCCAACAUUUCUACGCCCGCAGGCACUGGCGCUAAUACACCGCAGCCACAGUCCGCACCUCAUGGUGGUUCAUCGCAGGUGAACCCACUCCUCCUUGCUGCUACUACCGCACAAAAUCCACAUCUGAUGCACCCCGGCGCGAAUCCGAUCCUACAGGGCAUGAACUCGCACAAUCAACAUUCUUCACAUGGACAGACACCCACCAGUAUUAAGUUAGUGAAGCCACCUGAGUAUUUCCCAGAGUGGAAGGAACCUGGAUAUGAUGAGGCUGCAUUCCUCGGCGCACAGGUCGCAGCUAAGGUCAUAUUCGUUGUGGACCAAGGCCAAAACAAAGGAUAUAUGACGAGGCCUGACUACAACGACCAAGGCCCAACUGCCAUACAUGAUUAUAGCUUGUAGGCAUGUAGGCGGAUAUUUUCUAUACCCCGUGUUGCGGAGUUUGGGACAGGCUUAGGUGGAGAACGGCGCUUUCAGAAAAGGGACAUUGGAGUCAUGACAGGUUAUUGGUAGAAUCUUCAACAGCAUAUUA